GGCAAGGCGGAGGCCAGACCGGGGCUGGGGGAUGUGGUUGCAACCGUCGUGGCUGUUGGGGCGCCUGGCCCUCUGUCCGAUGCGACCGGCUGGGGUAGGGACCCGGCUGCGAGGCUGGAGGAGUAGGCAGACUCCCAGAAAGAUGCUUUCAAGUUGUCGGGUGUCUGGAGAGGGGGCUGCGCGACCCGGCGCAGCUGCUUUGUGCCAGCGGAGAGGGACUCAGGGUCCCGGCUUCGCUCCAAAACUGGGACCCGGUGUGUGGACAGGAUCCGGCAAGCCGCGGAACGGAGCAGUUUUCUCCAAGAAAAAGUUGAGGAUGAAGCCCUUCUUUCUUCACGGUCCCUGCGAAAAUUCACUGCGUGCCCUCCUCACUUGUCCUACGAUGAGUGCCAAAUCUGCCAUCAGCAAGGAAAUUUUUGCACCUCUGGAUGAAAGGAUGCUGGGAGCUGUCCAAGUCAAGAGGAGGACCAAGAAAAAGAUUCCUUUCUUGGCAACUGGGGGUCAAGGCGAAUACUUAACUUAUAUCUGCCUGUCAGUGACAAACAAGAAACCCACGCAGGCAUCCAUCACGAAGGUCAAGCAGUUCGAAGGCUCCACAUCGUUUGUUCGGAGAUCACAGUGGAUGCUUGAGCAGCUUCGCCAGGUUAAUGGUAUCGAUCCUAAUAGGGAUUCUGCAGAGUUUGAUUUGUUGUUUGAGAAUGCUUUUGACCAGUGGGUAGCCAGCACAGCCUCAGAAAAAUGCACCUUCUUCCAGAUUCUCCACCACACCUGCCAGAGAUACCUCACAGACAGGAAGCCGGAGUUUAUUAACUGCCAAUCCAAAAUUAUGGGAGGAAACAGCAUCCUCCAUUCAGCUGCCGACAGUGUGACCAGUGCCGUACAAAAGGCAAGCCAGGCCUUGAACGAGCGCGGGGAGCGGUUAGGCCGAGCAGAGGAGAAGACAGAAGAAUUGAAGAACAGCGCCCAGCAGUUUGCAGAAACUGCACACAAGCUUGCCAUGAAGCACAAAUGUUAAGAAACUGCCUAUCCUGGUGACCCCCUGAAGAGAAAUGGAAGAGUUUGUUCAGCAGUUUUUACAAGAAUUCCAGACCUCCGCUUGCUUCUUUUUUUUUUUUUUCCAAUAUUUGGACUUGUUGAGUAUUUUUUGUUUUUCAAAUGUUAAUAUGAAAGAAAAGGUGUUGUGUUUUGACAUUUCCCUAAUGAUCUUGUUAAGAAGUGCUACAACAGCAUCAGCUUCAUUUGGGUGUGGUUUGUACCCCCGUGCGUGUGCGUAUGUGUCUUUGAAUUAUUUCCCUGUUCAAACAUUUUUCUUAAUAGUUUGAAUGUGAAAUUUGGACCAAAUGAUAAACUGAGCUCGGUCAAAGUUGACAACAUGUAACUUUUCCCCUGAUACGAAGCAGGAAGACAUUUUAAUGUGGUGACAUCAGCUGUUAUUGUUCCUGGAUGAAAAUAAAACUGAAGCAGUGAUCAGGUUCACUCACUUUCCACGCUCCUAAUAACAAGGUUAAAAUUCUACAUUAUGGAAAACAAUUGGAUUUAUCAGGAGAAAUAGCAAUCUUAGAUUUUGCCCUUUACACAGUCAUCUUUUGCAUGAACCAUCACCAGCAUUCAAAAAAACAAAUCAGAAUCACAGAUAGAAAUCUGCUUUCAGAGCUGCAGUUUCAGUGCUCCUGCUGUUACUGUCAGGCUGAUUAUUUGGAAUUAUCAUACAAAGGAUGAAAAAUUCGAGAGUACAGACCUAAGGAGAAACCUAUUUAAAACCCUCUUGUAUAUUCACGGAUGUUUGUCUCUUUUGUCAUUGUCCCAAUUAUGAUAGCUGCUAUUGAAAGGUUGUAUUUUUCUCAAAAAUUGAUUUGUCCAGGUAAAGGUCCGUGUCAAUGUGAAAACAUACCACAUUUACAAUCUCUUUUGUCUUACAAAGUCGUGCCUAUUUUAGAGACAACCUCACAAUUUCCUUGGGAAAGGGCCUUCAAUUUCUUGGUACCCGAGGUUUUGGAGGUUGUGAUGUUGUUAUUGCUGUUUGUUUAUUUAAUGUAAUUGAACACUUGAGUUUCUUGACAAAUUGCAUUUCAUGGCAAUUGCAACUUGCCAGGUAUGACAUAAAACCACAGUCGUGAUGCCUUUACAUUACAGGCAGAUUAAAUAAAAUUGGUCACACACCUUCUGAUCUUCUGUUACUCAAGAUAAUACUGGGUUCAGACCUAGAACAGCAGUUCUCAACCUGUGGGUCGUGACCCCUUUGGAGGUCGAACGACCCUUUCCCCUUUCACAGGGGUUGCCUAAGACCAUCAGAAAACACACAUUUCCGAUGGUCUUAGGAACCAAGACACCACUCAUAAUGUGUGGGGGGUCACCACAACAUGAGGAACUGUAUCAAAAUGUUGCAGCAUUAGGAAGGUUGAGAAUCACUGGUCUAGAAGUUUUAUUUCCUAGAGCAUUAAUUAUGCUAAGCCUGUAAAAAGCUAUCCUUUUUCUUUAUGAAAAGGGAGGUGGGCUUCAUAUCCCUGGCAGGUUGUCGGCCUCCCCCUGCAGUGCAUUGAGUCUUAAGCUUCCUGAAUCUCCAGGACCCCCUUCUGUUCCUUCCUACCCACUGAGCCAAUUCAGUCUAUGUGUACUUAUAGCCUCUUACAUGGCAGCAUAAAAUGACUUUUGGAUUAUUAAUGCUCAUUUAAUUAAAUAGCUUAAAUUCUCCUGAUAAAGCAUUCCCAAGAAGACAGAAAGUCUAUUGAGGGGGAAAAAUAUUGUAGGCAAUGUAUGUCAAACGGGAGAGGAGAUUUGCUGCAAAUUGCUGAAUCCUCUUAGAAGGAUGAUCCUAUUCAAGAAAACUCUGUAAAAUUUACAUGGUAAACUAUAUAAGUUUAAUAUUUUGUCCUUUCGGUGUCUUAAAAGUUUAAAGAAGGAAAAAACAUGCCAUUUGCUCAGUACCAUUAGAAGACUUUAUGUAAUUUUUAAAGCCCCAAAUAGCACUCCAAACAGAUUUUGUUUGCAGACCUCAGUUCAGAAAACAUAAACACACACAUAUAUACACACACGCACACAUACACACACACACACAUACACACACACACACGUAUUCAUCUUCCCAAAUUGGAUUCUGGUUUCAGAGAAAGAUAGUUGGUAUAAAUAAUUGAAAGGGUAAAUCUAAAACCCCUUGACAAUCGCCAAACUCAAGAAUAAAAUUGGUUGCCAACUAUGUAACAACAGUGUUUGGGAAGCUGCUUCUGAAGUAGCAGAAGAUGAAGUCACAGCAUGCUGUGAAAUCUGAGCUCUUUCCUCCCUGGGAGAAUUGUGACAGUUAUUCUUCAUAUAUAAAAGUAUUCCACCCCCUGCCCUCACUCUCUGUUUAUGCUUUUAGACUUAACUCUUGCUGGGAAAUAGACUGGGUUAGAAAUAUGGCUCAUGCCCUUGACUUCCCCUGUGUCCAAAUCCUGCCCAGGCCUCCACCAGCAGAGAGGCCGUCGCAGCACUCCCUGCCCCCACUUACCUCACAGCCACUUGCAGAGGGAUAACACAUGUGAUGUUCUUUGCUAUCCUUUUGUUGAAGGUGCUGCAUUCCCAAUAUUGUCACCAUCUAACUUAGAUAAAACUACUAAAAUAACUCACAUCAUUCAGAACCAAUUUGGUUGGGCUUGCUAGAAGACAUUUAAUUUCGGUUUGUUUUAUUUCUGCACUUCACUAUGAACUUGGGGGAUACUGUUUCUGUGAAAGAUUUGUCAAAUUGCAUUGACAACACAAAAGAAACUUUCCAGUGUUACCACUUCUUCCUGGAACGUAGCUGUAGUCUUCCUCACUAGUGUUAUUAGCUAUCUGUGUACAGGAAGUAUGCAGUUAUUCAGGUUAAUGUUUCAUAUUAAAGAAUGUAUUUGUAAAACGUAACAAGACCAGUAGUUAACUUUUUUUUAAGCUCUUAAAAAGUUAAGAUUAUGUGUUAGACUCAAAAUUACAGUGAAAUCUGUUUUAAUAUUACUUUUGUGGCUAGCAAAGUUUGUGUAUUUAUGUAAAACUAUUUACAAAAUGCCCUAUAUAAAGGAUAUUAAAGAUAAGUUUUGCUCUUCAUUUUCAGAAUCGUAACAUUGCUGAUGUCUGUUACAGUUAUUCAGAAGUUCCCUAAGAUGUCAAAUACAAUUUGUGUUUUAUUUAGAGACAAAUAACACCUGCUCUGUGGAUUCACUAUUACAGCAAACCCUAAUUUUGUCAUUAAAUAUUUUAACUCUGUGAUGAAA